CACCUUCCAUACCCCCCCCCUCAAACAAGAAGAAUCACCAUACACGACGCAGCGCAACCCUUACAUUUUUCCCUGCAGUUUCCGCUUCCCUUCGUCUCUUCCGGCCGACGUCGCUUUUUCUCAACAAUACCACAGACGUAACCUUAGCAGCACAAGGCCUGCUCCUUUUUUUCACAAUUGCCCUAUUCGCAUGCCGCUACGAACCUGGACCACCAAAUCUUAUUUCCCCGUUCCCGAAAGAAACCAAAAGCCAUAUUUGAUCAUUGCUAUUCCGCUCACAUCACCGAUACCUCCGUUCCAUCUUCCCCUUCCAUCCUGUUCGACAUUGCUCUGUCGUCAGCCCCUUGGACCUCCCUCCAGUGGCCGGAUACUCAAAUAUCCUGCCUGCAUAUAGAUUUGCCACCUCGGCCUCCUAGACCUUUUCCUAUUCCUCCUUCCCGCAAAGUCCACGUACCUUGACGCCGAAUUCUACCCAGAUUCGAUACCCACCUAUACAUUACCAAUCUCUGAACAAUUCUCGCACCCCGCGGACUAUACAACUGAUCCAAGAUCCUCGAGUUGAGACCUCGCUUCUCAUCUUCGCCUCCUACACAUCACGCAAACGACCCAAGCAACAACGACGACCUUGAUGCCCUCAACGACGUCGCUAUCACAGAGUCCAACGAUCCGCAUCCAGAAAUCGAGUCCCACCCCCGUCCCUUCAUCACAACCGCCCAUGCUGGCUCAGAGCGCCCUAGUGGGUGGAUGGAACGACGGGUAUAACACCCCGGGGGGUUAUCUGAGCGCGCUGCCAAAGAAUUUCCAAGACCAACGAUACCAUAAGAGAGAUUCGUCGGGGUCCUCUGUAACCUCGCUGGGCCCGCCUUCGCCGCUCACCCAGAACAAUAUAUACCCACAUAUUGUCGCCACAUCUGACUCGAGUUUUCCACCUUCCUACGACUUCGACUACACUCAAACUCCACACACUGCCAAGUCUGAUUCUGCCAUGAUGUACCCCACCAACUUUGCUGCCGUUGAUAUGAGGAGGAUACACUCAACAGGCGCCGACGAGCGUGCGUCAUAUGCUCUAUCAGCGCCGCAGUCAGUCUCGACCAUGAGUCACAACUCUCCCGCGACGCCGCAUACUACUUAUGAGCCCGAGUACGACGAGAAAAAUGUCUAUGGUGAGGAAAACUCUGACGACGACGAGAUGUUCGAUUACUUACAGUUCGAACCAGGUUACACCAAUGCUUACCAGCAGUCGUUGCAAGAUGUCUUCCCUGACCAGCAUUUUGCCGCCAACCCCAUGAGCGCGUACUCUCAGGCGCAACCGAACAUGCAGCAGAGGAUGGCCGUCAACGCUCACAGGCAGAACAUGAUGGCCGACAGGCUCCAGGCGGCACAACAAGACCACCUGAGAACAGAAUCCCCGACAUCGAAUCCUCGCGAGAAGUCGCCAUUCAGGCAAAACUCGCCGUACAGCAUGCCGGCGCCGACCCAACGCCCUCAGCCAACGCUGCAAAAGCAACGCACCUCGAUCUCGCCCAAAGAGUUGAUGCUGGACGAGCACGACGUCGAUGACCACUCGACGCCACUGUUCGCGCCCGACCAGUCACAAUCCAUGUUCGCAACCCGUAGAACCCCGUCGAAUCUUUCGACCUUCUACACCGCGGCCACCGAACCCUCGAUACAAAUUCCCCAGCAAUACCCCUUCGUCAGCCAGUCAUCGAGGCAGGUAGGGCAGGCAGGCAUGCACGACAUCAGUCCCGAAUUCCCAGCCCACAUGAUCUCGAUGGAGUCGACUGCAGACGAAUCGUCGGAGCCUUCCAGCCAGCAGUCCAUGCAAAGGCCUAGGCCACAGUCGCAAGCUGCUGCGCCUCAACAGCAGCCACAACUCCAGCAGCGGCCGAUCGACACAUCAUCUGACUCCGGCACCUACUCGUGUACGUAUCACGGUUGUCACCUGAGAUUCGACACGCCGGCCAAACUUCAGAAACACAAGAGGGAAGGUCACAGGCAGACUUCACCGUCGUCAUCCGGAGCAGCAAACUUGGCCUUGCGCAACUCGCAAGCUGGGCCGCACCGAUGCGACCGAAUCAACCCUAGCACGGGCAAGCCUUGCAACUCGAUCUUUUCUCGGCCGUACGACCUUACGCGACACGAGGACACUAUUCACAACGCCCGGAAGCAGAAGGUCCGUUGCCAUUUGUGCACGGAGGAGAAGACCUUUUCACGUAACGAUGCGCUGACACGGCACAUGCGCGUGGUUCACCCCGACGUUGACUGGGUUGGCAAGCAGAAGCGCAAGAACCAGAAGUGAGAGUGAAGCGACCGGAACAUUCACGAAGAUGGUGCGACUGAGUCAGCCACCAACAACGCUGGUGAACUAGCCCGCCGCAGGGCCUGGAACUCCGACGAGGGCGGAACAACAUGGCGCCCGAUGAAUGCAGGAUUUUGUCCGGGGUCCUAAAAAAGAUCUACGCCUGGGGCCAACCGACGACAGACUCAUACAACAACUCCUUUCUGCAGUGUAUGACUAGCGCCACGAGAUUCGCCCCGCGAGCUGUGUGUUUGCUUCUGGUUUGAGGUGGACAGAACAGCGAAGCGAGGGAUUUUUCGGGGCGAGAAAUUUUUCCUUCGAGGUGUUGGCUUGGCUUAGCUCAGCAAUGACGUAUGACGAAAUGGGGUGGUUCCUUUUGGGCACUAGCGGGGUUACUGAAAGCCGGCAGGCCUUUCCGGAUACAGCAUGGCGUCAGGCUCGGGGCUCGGUUGGGCUGGAAUCAUGAUGACGACAAGGCGAGGCUUCGCGACGCGAGGCUGGCUAUGAACGAAUUUGGGUUGGAUCUACGCAUGUUUGAAGAAGAAGCAUUUGGAGAUGAUUUGUUACAAAAUUGCGGCUUUUUUCUGUUGGUGAUUUUCUUUCUUUCGUUGUUCUGCGUACAAGAAGGAAAAUUGGGCGGCGGCUGCCCUGCGUGCAAAAGGGGGAAAAAGAAAAAGACCAAAAAGUGUUGGACCAGGCGACAUACUGCACUUGCACUGCAUUGACCUUUUCAUAUCGAUAGACUGUACAACAGAUUUGUUCAUAUGGUCACCAUGGUGUCUGUCUAUAUGGGGUCACGGAUCAAACAGGAGGAAAGUAUGUUCCUGGCGCUCUGCUUUGAGAUGCACUGCUCGCAUACAUGCCCUUACGGUGUGAUGCCCUUUUUUGUACAUGAACUUGAGAUUGUGGAUAUAUUAUAUAUAUGCAAUCGGUUUUCCUUA